GCAGUUCGCAAGGCGCCUCUUUCGACUCUGCAACGUUGCGGCGGCUUUAUUUUUUUCGGAAUAGCAAUGUCUGAAAAAGCCAGCUGUGAAUAUGGCACACCUAAGUAUUACGCGCUUUGUGGUCUCGGUGGAGUUCUAAGCUGUGGUCUCACACACACUGGAGUAGUCCCAUUGGAUCUAGUUAAAUGUCGUUUGCAAGUUGACCGAGCUAAAUAUAAAAAUAUUUCUCAUGGAUUUAAAAUCACCAUUGCCGAAGAAGGCAUACGAGGUUUAGGAAAGGGUUGGGCACCAACGUUUUUUGGGUACUCUCUCCAAGGACUGGGAAAAUUUGGGUUUUACGAAGUGUUCAAACACAUAUACAACGGUUUCCUAUCUGAAGAAAACGCGUAUUUAUGGAGAACAUCUGUGUACCUGGCGGCCAGUGCCAGUGCAGAAUUUUUCGCUGAUAUUAUGCUUUGUCCCAUGGAAGCUGUGAAAGUACGAAUACAAACAAUGCCGGGUUGGGCUAGUACACUCAGAGAAGGUGUACCAAAAAUGUACAGAAAUGAAGGCCUUGUUGGAUUCUACAAGGGUCUUCCUCCGCUAUGGGGACGACAAAUUCCGUACACAAUGAUGAAGUUCGCUUGCUUCGAACGCACUGUGGAAGCACUGUACAAGCAUGUUGUACCAAAACCACGCGAAAAAUGUUCGAAAAGUGAACAGUUAGUUGUAACUUUUGCAGCGGGUUACAUCGCGGGUGUAUUUUGUGCUAUCGUAUCCCAUCCUCCUGACACAAUAGUGUCGAAAUUAAAUAAGGAUCCAAAUGCACGCCUGGUGGAAGUUGCCAAAAAUUUGGGGCUAAUGGGUAUGUGGAGCGGAUUGGGUCCUCGUAUUAUCAUGAUUGGAACAUUAACAGCCUUACAAUGGUUCAUUUAUGAUGGCUUUAAAGUAGCUAUGCAGUUGCCGCGUCCCCCACCUCCAUCUAUGCCGGAAUCAUUGAAGCAAGUGCAUUGAUGUAGUCUCCCAAAUGUAUACAACGCUCCAUAUUUUAUCCUAGUCCUGUCUAACACUUAUUUACGUGAAAAACCUAGUUUGUAGAUCUGAAAAUAUUGAAUAUAGUAUAUUUGAAAUAAUUUCUCAUGGAAAUCUAGUGUUUAUAUACAAUUAAAAGAAAGAUUGUUGAAUCUGAGUACCAGUUCGAAUACGUCUUCUGUUUGGCUUGGAAGCUAAGAGUUUGGGAGUUUCUUUAUGCAAUGAAAAAGAGUCAUCAUCGUCUACACAAAAACUAUCCAUCUGAUAUUCAUCCUGUUCUGGGGUCUACAACAAAGAUUAAAUGAUUUCUGUAAAGAUUUUGUGCACACUAAACGUAAUAUUAGGUUGUAUAUAUAUAUAGCGUUAAGAGUUACAAUAAGCAUCACUAAGUGUUACCAUACAAUUUACAAUCAGAAUUGAUUGAAUCAUAGGUUUAAAACUUUUUGGAUGUCAGAUACAUAUUGCCGUUCUCCAUGUCAACGGAUCUAGUCAUUCCUGUUGAAUCCCUAAAAAUCCAAACCAACUGGAAAUCAGGUUUGUCUAAUAAGACAAAAUGGAUUGCCCGAAAUCAAACGGACCCGAAGAAUUGGAAAAAUUCUGGUUCUAAACUUGGUAAAAACAGAUGAAAGCUUGUGAACGGGGCGAAGCUACAUGUUGUCCAUAUUUUUCGAUCCACAACUGGCAAUUACUCAUAUGUCCUGAUACGCGGCUGUCGUAAAUAUCUGUGCUCUCAAUUAUACACAGGCGUUUUUUAUGUUGAACUACAAUACCUGAGGUGUGAUUAGUUGUAUAACUAAUCUGUUAGCGUUCGUUCAAAUUAAUAGCCAAAAGAGAACAGACAAUUUUAACUCAGCCUGAUUACGCAGUUGUUUAGAGACAACUUAGUAGCUGGAAUCCAGUCAUAUAAUCUUGCUUUUAAAUUCUGAGUGGCACUAAAAGGCCUGGUUCCAUUAGCGUCGUCAGACGUAAGCAAGCAUGAAACACUCUGUAACUGACAGUCCGAGAAUUUCCUUACGGUACUGAUUGUUUUAGAUACAACAUAUGCAAGUAACAAGGUUUAGAAUGAUGGCCAAGUAUAUCUAUUUGGAGAUGUCAUCGUUUAUGGCAAGCUCGAUUAGCACUCGUAAUUUGUUUGGUGCUUUAGGUGUACAAACGGAAGCAAGCAAGCAUCUUGAUGAGCAGCACUGUCUAGUCCACAAGACUGCUAUACAUUUUCAUGAUCACUAGUAUAAAAGAACCUGACAUUUAAACCAAUUUUAUCGCUAUACAUAGGACUCUCGUAAAUACCGAGUAAGAUUCGGUCUUCUAAGAGUACUAUUAAUAUCAUAUUAUUACUGAGGUAUUACCGUAGACUCAUAGAAAUAUGACUAAGAAAAGUACAAAACUAUAUCAUUGAAAUGAUGUGUAACAUACGAACUAACCUGCGAAAAUAUAAAGGAAUUUUGCAUAUCAUCACACUUCUCAGAUAUUUUCGGCAAAAUGUCUCUUUUGCUGACCCAUGGGCUUCUGACAUUGCCUGGAAAUAUUUGUGGACUCCGAAUGCUCCGGAGGUAAAUUUUCAUGUCAGAUCGAGAUGAAUCGCACGUGAUAUUCGCGCAUUCAUCGUUUAUGAAACUGUCAUCAUACAUAUCUUGAUCUUCAGAAUGAAGCUGGUCAGAUGACUCAUUACUCGUACACUCAGCCUGUGAUAAAAACAAUUUAGAUCCAGCGUAUUUAGUAUUUUUGAUUCUCACUUUUUUGUUCAACCGGUUCGAUAAUGUAAACUCGCUGACACUUUCGUGAAAUAUUCCCGAUAAUUCUUUGUCAGUAGUUUCACUAGAGUUGUUGUUUUUGGUUUCAUUUUUAGGAACGGUUUCAAUGUUGUUUAGUUUUAUUGGUGACGACGAAUAUAAUAAAUCAUCUGUAUUAAGUACCUCUGUUACCUGUUCUACUGGGGACCAAUUAAUUUGUGAGUCAAAAGAACUGUUGGAAGCAGUAGAGAAACAACCGUUUUUUAAUCUGUCCACAUCACUAUAGGUGUCCAUUUUUUCAGUGGUUUGGGUAGGCUUAAUAAUAUCACCCAGCUCUGACCCUAAAGAGAGUUUUGUUUCAAAAGUAAAAAGGUCGACUGAUUUGUGGAAACCGCUCAACUGCCGAAAUGGUGAACCAGCAAAAAUAACACUUUGGGUAGUAGUAGGAAGCUCAGGAUUCGUUAGUUCUUCAUCUAAUAAAGUUGAUGCAUCCAGGUGAAUAGUUGAAUUCUCCAGUAAAGCUAACGCUUCAUCAGGAUUAACUUGACUAGAUGAAGAAAUCAUAGGUGGCUUUACACAACUUCGUCCAAAAGGAGUGCUUUGAGCUAAGCUAAUCACUGUAUUAGGUAGGCUGAAAUUUUGAACAAUAUCUUUUAGCUGCAUAUCGUGAAAUCGACUAUCGAUUGUGUGAAGGCACUUCGUGGUUAGAGAGUUUUCCUCAGAAUUCGGUAGUUUUGUAUUAAUUGCUUCAAGUAAACUAUUUUCUAUACUUAGCUUAAGAUUCAACUUUGGGCUUGAAGAAAUUGUAGGUGAACUGUGAUUUUGAUCAAUCAUGAACUCUAACCACUUAUUUAGUGCAGUUUGUAGGGAUGCCAUUGUAAUAGGCUCAUCGUUAUUAGCGUUAAUAUUAUGAAGUAUUUGAGUGAACUGUUUUGUGCAGUCGGUUAGUUCGUUAAGAUGAGGGUCAAAAAAUACUUUGUUAGACACUAAACCUUUGACUAUUCUAAGAUCUUGGAUAAUAUCUAAUACCGGGUUGGAUAUCUCUGAAGCUGGCAGAGUAUUGGUAGUCUUGAUGGUAGUCAAUUCAUCAAGAUCAUGAUGACAUUGUGAAGAGCUAUGCAAAUCUAACUGGCUAUUGGGUGGCGAAGAACUUAUUUUUAAUAAUUCACUCAUUUUUGUAUUAAUAUCAAUUUUCCGUAUACCCAGAGCAUGGUAAGAAAGUUGUGUCAUACUACGACGAUGCAUUUCAACUAGCCGGAGGAUUGACAUGAGGUGUUGCGACGAAGAGGAUGAACCAACAUUUGAUCCUGGAAUUAGACUAGAUUGCAUAGUUUCUCUGAAGACUGCUAAUCUUUCUUGAGAUGUCAGAUUGUAAAUGUCUGUGACUGUUGGGUGGUCUGAAUUAAAAGUAUCCACAUCAUCAAAUUUUGAUAUAUGUUGAAUUCGACCUAAGGAAGGGGGGUAUAACCUAAUAUGCAGCCUAUCCAGUUUAACAGACUCCGCAUGCAAUCUGUAGAUGUCUUCAUACGAACUCUUCUGAACACCUGGCUGCUUUUGUCCCGAUAUUUGAUUGGUAAAAAACUUCUCUGUUCGUAAACAUUUGAACUGGAGUUUAGGAUGAACACCAAUCGGUACCAUUCUUGGAUUAUGUGGAUAGAAAGCAAGUUUACAAUAAGCGUUUCCGUCAAGCAAAGCUUUGUGAACAGAAGAAGUUCUCGCGAUACUAACGGCAUGAUUCCUUUCUUCACGACCUUCUGUUAGUAGCACAACAAUACGUCCCAGACGCUUGCGACCAGUUCGACCUUGACGUUGCAUUAGUUGAAUUGGUGAUUUUGAAGCAUCAAAGCAAACUAUUAGAUCAACUUGUCCAACAUCAAUACCCUCUUCACCGACACACGUUGACACUAGGGUGUUAUAAACGCCUGACCGAAAACCAUCCAUAACACGUAUCUGAUCACGUUGUGAUAUUCCACCCUGGGCAUUUGACAGUCGCGGGUUUUUCAAACUGGGUGACUCAUGUUGAUUAUUUAAUUGGGGACUUCCAUUUACUCUUGUUCCUUGUCCAAUAAAUGAUGCAGGUCUAAUUAAUGGUCUUAAUGGUUUAAGCAUAUGCAUAAUUUCUUCAACCGAGUCGCGAAACUGCGUAAAAACUAUUACGCGUGUGGAGCUUCGUUCAUGCGUGUUUUUUCUGUCUUCAAAAUGACUAAGCAAAACAUCUCUUAGUUUAUCAAGUUUGGGAUGACCAGCCAAAAAAGGUGCUUGGGAAUGCAAUAGAUCUGUAUGAAUUAACUCUUGCCUCCAAGUUCCGUCAGUGCAUUCUACAUUCAUGCCGAAUCGCUGAGCUAAUUCUAUCCAUAAAUGAUUCAUAUUUGGAAGUCUGUUAAGCUGACUCCUAACCAAUGGACUAGCUCGAUUUCCAGAAUAAACACCCUCUAAGUAGCGAUAGAGGGGACGUAACCCAUGUUGAACCAACAGUUCCAAGCCAUGAAGCAAACAUAUAACUACGGCGAAGUCACACUGAAUUGAACUGUUUUCUGUUGAAUUAAUACUAGGAAACGUUUGCGAAGACCAUUUUUCUCGUGCUUUAAUAACUGUGUAUUUCGCUAGUUUUUCUGGACGAAGAUCACCAUAACACUCUGAGAGUGCACGACGUUGGUAAAGUCUAUCGAGGGGCACACGAAUACACUCAAUUAAUUGAUUACGAUACCGUGUCAGUUCCGGACCAAGAGGAACAACUACCGCUUCUAGCUCCCGAUGUUGUGUGUAUGGUCGGACGUCGGCACUAGUGUCAGUUCGAAGCUCAAGAUGGGAUAUAAGUAAGUUUGCAAUCAGUGUUUGUACCCCUUCAAUAUCAGCUGCAGGUGUGGCGGACAAAGCAACAAUCCGAAAUUGUCGAUGAGUGUACGGUGGAUUAGUCAGAAUUCGCAAUACCUAUUUUGUGAAGAAAAAUUAGAAUACAUAAAAUACAAAUGUUCAGAUUAAUAUAUUUAGAAACAAACUAUCUGAUACACCGAGAAAAUAUAAAUUGAGAAUAAACGAAUAUGAAACGGCAUUGGAUUUGAAAAUUCAUCUUAAUUUCAUUCAGUCUUCGUUCCAAAGAGUGACUUAAAAAAUCGAUAGACAAUUCAUGAUGGAUGUUUUGCAGCAACUGUUCGCGAUAAACAGUAGAUAGUUGAAUUACUUUUGAGUAAUGUUAUGAUUACCAACAAAAAGGUUCACACUUAUGUACACUUAAGUAACCUUUCGUUAAAACAAACGCUUUGUCUGAGGCCUAGACAUGGUUACUGAACUGAUAAUUUUCUUAUCAACACUACUACAUCACCACUGAAGAUAUAGAAACAAACAAAAUGUAAAAUAUCCGAUCACAAUGAAAACAGUUCAAAUCACUUUCAUGUCAAAAUACUACAGUGAAGAAUGCGAUAAAAUUAAAACAGGAUUGCCGCUGGCCUUUAUUCUGAUUUGUGUUUGGUUACGUCUUAAGUUGCUGAGUGACGAGAUGGGUAUGACCUCAAUUACGAAGUGGUUGACCGGCAGAUGACAACCCCAAGCAGCUAUCUUAUAUACCAUCAUCUCAUGUCGUAAACUGAUCACCAUUUCCACUCUUACCACUAGUGCCAGUAAUUAAUACAUGGUGUGAAAGCCGAUGACACAACAUACGUAUAACUAGCGAAGUUGAUGUUUCGAAAUGGUGAUACCAACUGGAUUGUUGUCAGUGUGACUGAAAGUACAUUUCUGAACAUCGCGAUUACUAUUGUAAGUGAGCAAUUAGUUUGAGAUAAUGAUGGUUAGACAGUCAUCAAAGUUUCUCCGCUCGGAGAGAUCAGAUUUUACAUGCAUGACUCAAAAAUAAUCUUAAUGAGGAGUUGCACACUUGACGUCUUAUACCAAGACUAACACCAUACAACAUUUACGAGCAUCAACGCCACUCUGUGGAGGGUGAUCACGAUAGCCUGUGUGUCAACGCAAAUUGAGACAACGUCAUCCGC